CAGAUAUAACGGCUGAUCAUAAAUCUGCCCGAGGCCUGCACGACGUGCAUUUCGUACACAUCCUGCUGUAAUACCUUUUCAUGUACAUUUUUCCUGCGUUUCACAACUUCACUUCGAAACGCGCACACGAUUCGAACUUGGCAACGGACGAGGGGGACUUUUCGGAAACGAGCGUACAUUGCACUGCCUGAGCAGUUGCGAAACUAAGUGGUUUCCUCGCUCCUGCAGAGAAUUGGACAUAGGUUUUCUUUGUAAUAGGAAAUGUGGUUUGACUUGGCGCUGCUUAUAUACCAAGGUCGCUCCGAAUUCAGUUCACUUAACUUUGUGCUCUGGAUAUUUCUGAAGUUGUUCCAUGGGGGGGGGGGGGAAUAUAUAAAGGUAAUGGGUUUCCAUAAUAACGUGCGGUCUUUCAGAAUCGGAAAUUGGACAGGGAAAAUAUUAAGGCCUGAUAACCUGCUUUCGGGAGUUUGUUCUGUUCAGGGCAGACAUUUGUGCGGUGUUGAUCCAGGAUACCGCCUCGUUUACAUGACUUCGGUUCUGGCACUUGCGCAUGAAACUGAACCGCUGGCCGUGAAAAUAUCAGACCGACUUUGGACGGAGCAGAGCAUUCCUGUUCUCCGUCACGCAAGCCGGCGCUCACACUCCGUGCACCGAUGACGGGCAGCAUGCCAGGUGGAGGUUGCCAUGACUCCCAACACCACUCCUACCCGCUCCCUCCCCUCUGUUUCUCCCCCGGAGGUUGCCGGAUUUUUGGGUGCGACGAGCGGGCGUGCAUGCGAUACGUUUCCGGAGCCGUGCUACAUCAGGAAUAGAAAGUUAAGAAGUCACCUUGUGCAGCAUGCAGGUUUGGGUACACCUUACGUGCUGAUGUUAUCGCCUGAUGUAAAGCGACGCGUUCUCCUAACUGAAGUCUGUGACUUUCCCCAGAAGUCAUCCUGGUCGACAUAAAGGCUUUUCCACGUCGGCCAUGCAUAAGUCAUGUAGCGCUACCCUUGCGGCAGUGUGUGUGUGUGUGUGUGUAAGUCACGUGGUAGGGUGUGCAGUAAAGAAAGCACAGCUGGUAAGUUCUGCAUAUACAGAAGACUCACAGACACACACACACACACACACACACACACACACACACACACACACACACACACACAUACAUACAUACAUACAUACAUACAUACAUAUAUAUACACAUAUAUACACUGUUCACAUUUGUCUUAGUGUCCUUGUGAGGACCGUCCAAUGAGGACCAGCCAAAUGUCCCCGCAAGGUCAAACCUGCCGGAUAUUCUUACCCUUGUGGGGACCAAGAUAUAAAUGCAUGCCCACACACACACACAUGUUAGGACAUGCAUACAAUUAUGCACACACAGAGUACUACAGUCCUAUAUACAAUGUGUAGAAACAUACACACACACACACACACACACCCAGAGAGGCCUAUAACUUCCAUAAUAACACAAACUUAAUAAGUAUAACUUAUUCUGUGGGUCCUUUAAUUCAAUGCCAAAUAUAUAUAUAUGAAUGUAUGUAUGUUUGUGUGUAUAUAUAUAUAUAUAUAUAUAUAUAUAUAUAUAUAUAUAUAUAUAUAUAUAUAUAUAUAUAUAUAUAUAUAAUGUGCUUAUACUGUAAAGCUAAUAAAUAUGAAAUAGAAAAAUAAUAAAAUAAUAAUUUAUACAUAUUUCAACGUGUCUUUGAAACUUCAAAAUGAUCAAUAAAGUAUAAUGGAAAUAAUC